AUGCAGUGUCGUGGUGUAGUGUACGGCACCUGGGCGUCAUCCAGGAACUUUCACCCCAGCGAUCAAAUCAUCUUCAAAUACUCUCCUCAGGCACACGAUGUCCUUGAGGUCAGCAAGGCCGAUUACGACUCCUGCAGCACCGCCAGCCCCAUCGCCACCCUCAACUCCGGGAAUGAUGUCGUCUCCCUCACUGCCACCGGCACCCGCUACUUCCUCUGUGGCUUCCCGGGCCACUGCGCGGGGGGAAUGAAGGUCAAGAUCGAUGUCGUGCCAAGCUCGUCCUCUUCCUCCCCGGCCCCGGCCAGCAGCCCCAGUGCAAGCAACGCUCCCCCGCCGGCGCCUGUCUCUGCCGCCACCUCUAUGGAGGCCACAGGGUUUGGCCUCGCCGUCUUGCUUGCCGUUGCCGGUCUGAUGGCUUGAGUGCGUCCUCUAAAAAACAUAGAAGUCACUGUUACUAUCAAGCAUAUGUGGUGUACAUGUAUAGUCAAGUAAUUAUAUCGUAUGUUGUAUGUAUUCAGGCUUCAUGUUUUGCAUAUUCAUUUUGGAGGAUGAUUAAUAAAAAUUCUUUUAGUAUUAUACAA